AUGGCACUCAAGACGACGAUCAAGAUGGCACCCUCACACUAUACGGACGACAGCGACAGUGAUCUCCCGGAACUGGAUGAGCUCAUCAACAGACACGUCAAGGGACUAUCCACGAUGAAUAUGCCGAAACCCAAGUCAGCGAAGACUACAGCUCCUCGCAAAAUCGCCGGAAAGACGCAAACAUGCACAAGCGACUCAACAAAGAAAACAAAUGCACCCACAAAGAGCUUGUCAAGAGCAAAGACAUCCAGCCAAGCACUCACAGAGUUGAGAUCGGCCCCCGAGGCCAGAAAGCUAGCAUCAGAGCCCAAGUCACAACCACGAGUUCGCGCACAACCUCUGCCAAGGAAGACGGAAGAGAUACGCAAAGAGCCAAAGCAGAGAGCUACACCACACAGGAAUGCGAAAAUCGCAUCGUAUCGCCUGCCGCGUAUCGAAGAUUCGGAGUCGGAAUCAGAACAGAGUCAGGAAGAAGUCGAAGAGCAAGAUGUAGAGGAGAGCAUAUAUUGCGACAGCGAGAAAGAGGAUGAAGUUCCUGUAGUCCUCCCAAGAGCUGCAAACAAGCCGACGAGAAGACUUGUGGCUGGGAGGAGAAGUCCAGAUCUUGAGUCGAGUGAGUCGGAUGAGGAUGUUUUCCAUACUCCCCCAAGCAAGCAGCUGCAGAAGCCUUCAAAAGAGGGUUUCACUACGAAGACUUCGGACGACCUCACCCAGAAGCUUCUACAGCUUGAUCUCGACGGUUCUGACAAGGAGAAUGAUGGCCUCGCGAUUCUCAAAUUCUCCCCUCCGCGAGCAGUACGGCCUAUUAUGCUGGAAAGGCCAGCAACCCCUCCGCCAGUCUCACCAACAAAAUCUCGUCUUGUGUCUCCCUCAAAGAAGAAACAACGAAUCCCUACACCUCCCCACGCGCCACACUUCGGAGACUUUUGGAACGUUCACGCAGUAAACGCCUGGAACGACGAGUACUCUCCUCAAAAGCCCCUGAUGUCUCCCAAGAAGAACCGCAAGGCGCUGCCUGAGGACUCGGAUUCUCCUUCGUCCUCGCCAAAGAAGACGACCAGCCCCACCAAGAAGACUCGCGCUGAGAUCGACGCGAAGAAGGAUUUUGAAACCAAGAAACACAAGCUGGUUGAAGACUUCUUCGCCCAACUCGAUCACAAGAUUACAGAAGACAAGAUCGGAGAACUGGCUGCAUUGACUGGCGGUGUGAAGUUUAUCUGGAGCAAGACACUCAACUCAACGGCCGGUCGUGCAAACUGGAAGCGCGAGACCACCAAGCAUAGAAAUCUCGAUGGCACGACAACGAUCACCCAGAAACACCACGCCUCGAUCGAGUUGGCAGAAAAAGUCAUUGACAACGAAGAACGCCUCCUGAACGUUGUGGCUCACGAAUUCUGCCAUCUUGCCAACUUCAUGGUCAGCGGUAUUAAGGAUCAGCCGCACGGCCAGCAGUUCAAAGCGUGGGGUCAGAAGUGUAGUGAGGCAUUCGGUCACCGUGGAGUUGAAGUGACGACAAAGCAUUCGUAUCACAUCGACUACAAGUACAUUUGGACAUGCGUAAACGAGAUGUGCAGCCAUGAGUUCAAGCGUCACUCCAAGAGCAUUGACCCGGCUCGUCACUCGUGUGGUGUAUGUCGUGGCAAGCUUGCUCAGACGAAACCAGUACCGAGAAAGCAGGCAGGACCGACCAGCUACGCAGCUUUCGUCAAGGCCAACUUUGCAGUCUUGAAGCAGGAAAUGGCAGGAGCGCCUCACAAGGAGAUCAUGGCAGCCUUGGGCCAGAAGUACAGAGACCAAAAGGCGAAAAGCGAGUCGAAUGUCGCGACACCGCUGGGAGGAGUCGAUGGUGUAGCGAAGGUGUUGGAGGUGGUGACUUUGGAUAGUGAUUGA